AUGGGAAAUGCAUAUCAGCAGCGUCUUUCACAGCAGAUGCCUAGUGACAAGGUUGAGGAUGUCAGCCGGGGUCUCCGCUGGGUGUUUCAGAACAUCGAGCGCUAUGGUGGAGACACUUCGCAGAUGCUCUUGAUGGGACAAAGCGCCGGCGCCCACUUGGCAUCUAUGCUUUUGCUGGAACAUGCUCUGCUUGAAGCGAAGCAUCUGACAAAGGGGAGCAAGGAAGAGGCUGACAACUGGUCCGUGAAAGAUUUGAAGGGAUUCUUGGGAAUAUCAGGACCAUAUCAUCUGCAGAAGCUGGGACCUCACCUGGCAUCCCGCGGAUUGUAUCCGGGCAUAAUGACCCACAUGACGGGGGGAGACCUCCUGGGAUGCUCACCCGAAGCUUUGCUGCAGCAGGAUGACUGGAAGGCGUUUGGUGCUCGUGCUGCCGAUCUCCUGCCCCCCAUCCACCUCUUCCAUGGUGACCGCGACAAGGCCGUACCUGUGUGGUCUUCAGUGCACUUCGCUGGAGCUUUGAAGGAUGCCGGAGCCAAGCAAGCCGUACUCGAUGUCCGUAAGGGCAUGACCCACACCUAUCCGGUGGUGGAAGGCCCAAUGAAGCGGCAUGAUCCCCAGGUCGAGAUCAUCUUGCCAAUGCUCUUUGGCCCCGGUGCUGAGAAGCGUUUGGAGACAACGCCAACGUUACCUCCAAUGGCGAACCCACGCAUCAUCGACGCUGCUGGUGUGGUAUCUCCUUUCUGA